AUGGAUCCAGAUGAGGGGCAGAGCACAGCUCCCAACAAGUCAAGAAUGCCCGGUACCAAAUAUGAUAUCUUCGCGCCGUUCCAAAAAGCCAACGCGGAAAAGAUAUGCAUGGAGCCUUUCGAGUACACUAGGUCUCUUCCCGGCAAGAACACCGUUGGUAAGGUCAUCGCGAGCUUGCGGCCUUGGCUGAAUAUUUCCGACCAUUCUGCAGCGGUCCUUACAGAUGUCAUGACAAUGUUGCAGAAUGCAUCUUUAAUGCUAGAUGAUAUUGAAGACCGCUCUCAACUUCGACGUGGUGAACCCGCGGCGCACGUUAAGUAUGGCUUGAGUCAAACAAUCAACAGCACUACGUAUAUUGCUGCCAAGGCUGUCUCCGAGGUUCAGACCCAUCUACGGCCAGAUUGUGCCAAAGUCCUGUCUGAGGAGCUCCAAACUCUCACGUUAGGCCAAGCUCUCGAUCUCAACUGGACAUUCCACAAACAGUGUCCCAGCGUGCAAGAGUACCUUGUCAUGAUUGACCACAAGACUGGAGGUUUCUUCCGCCUGCUGCUUCGGAUCAUGGAAGUGGAAGCCAAUGCCACGCCGAAUGAGGAGCUACAUCAUCUGAUUACUCUGCUGGGGAGAUACUACCAAAUUCGAGAUGAUCACCAGAACUUAGUUUCUGAUGAGUAUACCGCUAAGAAGGGCUUCUGUGACGAUCUUUCUGAGGGGAAGUUUUCGUUUCCGCUUAUCCAUCUGCUCGAGCAUAGUCCCAAUGCCAGUAUGCUGCAUAAACAGAUCUUCGACCGGCAACCCGAGGACAAGGGGGAAAUCUCUGAGGAGACAAAGUCGUAUAUCAUUGCACAAAUGAAGGAAAUAGGUAGCUUGGAGUAUACGCGGGAGGUUCUGGAUGGCCUCUUUGAUUCAAUAUGGAAGACAAUAGAGAAGGUCGAAGAGGUCAUGGGAGACAAUAUGUGGCUCAAGGCUCUCUGCACAAUAUUAAAGCUGUGA